CUGCAAAAAAAGUUGCAAAAUAGGGGAAAAAAUACAAAUAAACGCAAAAGCUCAAAACAAAAAAAUAUUUCAAAUAUAAAUAUAGUCCUUAUGUUCAUUUCUCCUUCCGACAACAAGAUAAAACACAACCAAAAAUGGAGUUAAUAUCGACGGUGGCUAGCUGGUUCACUCCGACAACUCUUUUCCUCCUUCUCAAUCUCAUGGUUGGCACAAUCGUUCUCACUUCUCGGCUCGGGUCAGGUUCAAGGAAUCACCACCCGCAUCACAAUGGAUUUGGAUCGGGUCAUGCUCCGGCUCCGUUAACCAGAGCUUCUUCGAUUAUCGACCGAGUCAAGUCCAUCAAUUUCCAUCUCUACAAAUUUCCUCAUCCAGAAACAGAGCUUUUCUCGAUGACGAACCACCACGAUGUAAUCGGGUCGGAUCUUCACGUCUAUCCGGACCCGAAUCCGGCACCGUUACAGCGCGCUCCUUCUCUCUUGGAUCGGGUCAAAUCCAUCAACAUGUCGUAUUUCAAGUUCCCCAACGACAUAACCGGGUCGGAUCUUCACUCUCACCCGGAUGAUCCAAACCCGAAUCCAGCUCCGUUACAACGCGCUCCUUCUCUUCUGGACCGGGUCAAAUCCAUCAACAUGUCAUAUUUCAAAUUUCAUCAGUAUAACCCGGAGGAGAGUGAUUAUGCUAAUCACACGGAACCGACCCGGUUCGAAAAUAUUCCGACCCGUAAGGUUCGGGUUGAACCGAUUGAUAUCUCAAAAUUCAGGAUACCGGAGGAAGACCAGCCGUCUGGGCCCCGAUUCGAUAAUCCAAUUGACCCGCCCAGUCUAACCCGGGCUCCGUCUAUCUUAGAACGGGUCAAAUCCAUCAAGCUAUCCUCCUUUUACAGAUCCGACCCGGAUAUCCAUUCCGAUCAAAAUCCGGAUCCGAAUUCGGUUAUUCAGGAAGAUCACAAGCACGUCAGGAGCAAAUCGGAAUCGAAGAAACCGAUGAAGAAGAAGAAGAAAGCGACGGGGAAGAUGACGAAAUCAGCGAGCGAGAAAUCGGGUUUUGGUUUCAACGGAAGCCAAGAGGCGACGGAGACGGUGAAAUCCAUCGAACGGAGGAGACCAGAUACGACCAGAGUCGAGAGAUCGACGUCGAUCGGCGACGGAGAAGACUGCGUCGACGCGAAAGCUUCAGAUUUCAUCAACAAAUUCAAACAGCAGCUGAAGCUACAGAGACUCGAUUCGAUUCUGAGGUACAAGGAGAUGCUCAAGGCCAAUUGAACCAAAUUACUUAAAUACCCCUUGGUGGAGAUUAUAUUUCCCAAAUGCUAAACCUCCUCCUCCGCCGUUUUCAUAGAGGAGACACAGAACUGGACAAAAUCGGAUGUGCCGAUAAUGCCCCUGUAUUUAAGUCAUUUAUUGUUUAGUCAUAAUAGACAAAAAAAAAAUGAAGAACGUCGUUGCUUAGCGAAAUGUGGCGUUAUUUUUGGAUCUGGACGUUAUUUUUCGUCCAAAUUCUACUGUUCAUCUACUUGGUAGUUUUCGAGAUGUUUAGUACGUUUCCUAGAUUCUCCUUUUCUUCUUCUCCUUUUUAAACAAAAAUAUUUUCUGUUGUCGGGUUA